AUGUCAGAUUCCAACACAACUACCUUCACCAACCCCUCCACCUUCAUCCUGCUGGGCAUUCCCGGCCUGGAGGCGGCUCAUGUGUGGAUCUCCAUCCCCUUCUGCACCAUGUACGUCUGGAUCUCCAUCCCCUUCUGUGUCAUGUACAUCAUAGCCAUCUUGGGGAACUUUGCCAUCCUGUUCAUUGUGAAGAAGGAGCACAGUCUCCAUGUACCCAUGUACUAUUUCCUCUGCAUGCUGGCCGUCACCGACCUGGUGCUGUCCACAACCACCCUGCCCAAAAUGCUGGCAAUCUUCUGGUUCAAUUCCAGGGAGAUCAGUUUCAGUGCAUGCCUCAGCCAGAUGUUUUUCAUACACUGCUUCUCAGCAAUUGAGUCUGGGAUCUUCGUGGCCAUGGCACUUGAUCGCUAUGUGGCCAUCUGCCACCCCCUGAGACAUUCCACCAUCUUGACAAACUCUCUGGUGAUGAAGAUUGGCCUGGUCAUUGUGUUGCGUGGCAGCAUUCUCGCACUGCCCUAUCCCAUCCUGGCAAGGCAGUGGCCAUACUGCAGAAGCAACAUCAUCCUGCAUACCCACUGUGAGAACUUGGCUGGGGUGACCCUGGCCUGUGCCGACACUCGCAUCAGUAGUUACUACGGCCUCUUUGUGCUGUCCUGUAGGAUUGGUCUAGAUGUGUUUUUCAUCACUCUAUCUUAUAUCCAGAUCCUCAGGGCCAUCUUCAGACUCCCCACAAAGGACGCCCGGCUCAAAACUUUUGGGACUUGCGGCUCGCACUUUGGUGCCAUCUUAGCCUUUUACAUCCCAACUCUGUUUGCCUCCCUGACAUCCCGUUUUGGUCACAAUUUGCCCCUUCAUUUCCACAGUUUCAUUUCCAAUGUGUACCUCCUGGUUCCUCCCAUGCUGAACCCCAUCAUCUAUGGAGUGAGAAGCGAACAGAUCCGGGACAGGCUGCUUCGGCCCUUUACUUAUUAAGGGACUAUAAUUUUCUCCUCUGGUUGUGGCUCUCAACCAGAGCUCCGUGGAGCGCUAGUUGGUGACAUGGCUCUCUUCUCUGAGUCACCCUCUGGCCAAUCAAAGAAAGAUUAAAUUGACCAUGUUUUCUCAGCAUAACAUACUGGGGAAUC